AUGGGCGGAGGUUGGUGCGGGGGCGGAUGUGGAGGCGGUUGCUUGGGGUCUGGAGGGGCUGGCGUCGCUUCGACGCCGCAUCGCAGCAUUUCGGCGCUCCGGCGACAUGAGGCCUAUCGCCUGAGCCCAGUUGAGACUGGUCGUCGUCGCAAGGCGAAGUGGACAGGAAAUGACGAAUACGCGGCACGACACAACACGUCGCACUGUGCACAACAGAUGACAAACGACAAACGACAGACGACAGACGAUAGACGACAGACGACAGGCGACAGGCGACAGACGACACAAAUAGACACGUCAGGGCGGAGAAGGGCGCGGCACGUUGGUGUUUUGGCUGGAAGGCCAUGUCUCAAGGGCACCAAUCAGAAUCUAGCAGCUGACAGACUCGCUGGUGAUUGGCCAAGAAACGGGUCAAUAACUGGCCGGCUUUUGCAUUGCGUGGCCCAGUUUUCAGCUGGCCAAGCUUGCUUAAUCCCGUGUAGGCCAGGGCUAACCCUCUUCCCUGCUGCCUCGUUGCAUCCCAUCCCAUCGCGUCCCAUCCUGUCCUAUCCCACGGCACGCCUUUGCCUGACUCGAUUGGACGUCCGAAUGGCCAAGCCUCCACUGAACCGGCUGGCACCGGGUCUAGCUCGGCGUUGCCGUGUCGGGAAACCAUUGGCCAGCUCAACCGAAUCUCACCCGGUGCUGGCAGCUUGGUCAGUUGUUUACUUUAUGGUUGGUUGGCUGGUUGGUUGGUUGAUAAAUUGCUGGUUAGAUUGUGACGUGGUCACGGACUUGAAUCCACAUCCGGGCACUGAUGCACACCCACCGUGCACACACACCCAAUUUGUACUCGCAACCUGUCAUCUUCUUCCCUCGCGAAUGCGCACACAUUUUCGGCUGGCAGUCAUGUCGAGCCUGAUCCAAACACUAACUUUCGCGAUGCACCCGUUUCUUCUUGUCGGCAGAAGCACCGCCUAUUCGAGGCAGGAUAGUUUCGGUUUGCCGAGCAUUGAUGGAGCUUCAGAGGGACCAGCUUCAGAGGGUUUGUGUGUGUGUGUGCCGAGAACAAUACGGAGACUAGUUGGCGUGAGAAGAGCCAACCAAUCGUUUCGCGGGCAAAUGCCGUUGGGGCGUAAUCACGCCAACAAGCAGGUGUGGUUGGAGGCAAGGUUGUUGUAA